AUGGCCGGGACGCGCUGGGUGCUGGGCGCGCUGCUCCGGGGCUGCGGCUGUAGCUGCAGCAGCUGCCAGCGCACGGGGGCGGCCUGCCUGCCCCUGCGCCCCGCCGCGGCCUCCGCCUCCGGCCUGUCGGGCCGCCGCCGGCUCCUGCUGCUGCUGGGGAGGGCGGCCGCGCAGAGCCGGGGCCUGCAAGUGGCGGUGGCCGCCGGCAGCCUGCCCAGCCCGGCCGGGCCCGGGUUCGGGGCCUUGCGGGGCCCGCUGCUGCACCAGGCCCACCCGGGGCGGAGCUACGGCCAGGAUUCAAGUUCUUCAUUUCAAGAUGAGUCUCCUCCACUCUCAGAGCAUGAACCAAUUCCAUCCAAGACAGGAGAGGAAGAUGAUGUGUUUCUUAUCAGAGCCCAAGGAUUGCCAUACUCUUGCACUGUUGAAGAUGUGCUUAACUUUUUCGCUGACUGCAGGAUUCGAAAUGGCGAGAGUGGGGUACACUUCCUUUUAAACAGGGAUGGCAAACGCAGAGGAGAUGCUUUGAUUGAACUAGAGUCAGAACAGGAUGUGCAGAAUGCCUUAGAAAAGCACCGGAAAUAUAUGGGUCAGCGGUAUGUGGAAGUUUUUGAAAUACACAAUGAAGAUGUAGAUGCCAUAUUGAAGAGUCUGCAGUCCAGUUCAUCCCCCGCAGUUAACGAUGGAGUUGUACGCCUCAGAGGCCUUCCUUACAGUUGUACUGAAGCAGACAUUUCAGAGUUCUUUGCAGGUUUGGAUAUAGUUGAGAUGACUUUUGUCAUGGAUCAUAGAGGAAGAAGGAAAACAGGAGAAGCUUUUGUGCAGUUUGCAGCACCAGAAAUGGCAAAUCAAGCCUUGUUAAAGCAUAAGGAGGAAAUUGGGCAUCGAUAUAUAGAAAUAUUUCCAAGUAGGAGGAGUGAAGUUCGAACCCAUAGCGGUUCAUACUGGGGGAAGAUGAUGAAUACUUAUCCAACUACUAAACUGAUAAAAGAAUCCGACUCAGUCUUUGAAGAAAAUGAAUUGAGUCAGCCCCUAGAACCGACUGCAGCUUGUGAAAGUGAAAAAGAAAAGGACUCUUACAGAGAAGUGAUUGACAAGCCUCGGGACGCGUCAGAAUUCGGGAGUACCUCAUCACUGCUGCAUUUUGUCCAUCUGAGAGGUCUGCCUUUCCAAGCUAGUGCCCAAGACAUUGUAAAUUUUUUUGCUCCACUGAAACCUGCAAAAAUCACCAUGGAAUAUAAUUCCAGUGGGAAACCUACAGGAGAAGCAGAUGUACAUUUUGAGACUCAUGAAGAUGCAGUUGCUGCUAUGGCCAAGAACAGGUCACACGUGCAGCAUAGAUAUAUUGAAUUAUUCCUGAAUUCAUCUCCAAAAAGAAAACAAGAUUGCUAGUGACAGUGGUACAAACCCAAACUAGGAUGACGCAAGAACUGUUUUGUUUGCUCAUCAUUCUUGGAGCUAAACUACAGGUGCUCCUGUUCAGUAGCAAAGAAACCAUAAGACAUCUUGUUUUUUCAAAGGCAAUUCAGUCUGUAUCUAAAAUUAUUCCAUAUGGGUUUGUGUAGUAAAGCGCACAAUAAAUUGUGUUCACACUG